CCCGGGCGGCGGCACCGCCCUCGCGGCUGGCGGGCGGGGCGGCGUCUCGCGCGCAGCGGCGGCACCGGCACCACCAUGGAGGGCGGCGGCGGCGGCGCCUACGGGGCGGCCAAGGCCGGCGGCGCCUUCGACUUGGGCCGCUUCGUGCAGCAGCCGCAGGUGGCGGCGCGGAUCGUCCCACAGCUCUUCUCGCUCAUCGUGUUCUGCUGCCUCAUCGGCGAGGGCUACACCAACGUGUCCACCUCGUCCGAGCUCUUCUGCAUCUUCAACCGCAACGAGGACGCCUGCCGCUACGGCAUCGGCGUCGGCAUCCUCGCCUUCCUGGCCUGCAUCUUCUUCUUCAUGGUGGACGUCUACUUCCCCCAGAUCAGCAACGCCACCGACCGCAAGUACCUGGUGGUGGCCGACCUCGGCUUCUCAGGGCUCUGGACCUUCCUCUGGUUCAUUGGCUUCUGCUUCUUGACCAACCAGUGGGCCUGGACGCCAGCGACGGAUGUGCACGUUGGGGCUGACUCUGCCCGAGCUGCCAUCACCUUCAGCUUCUUCUCCAUCUUCUCGUGGGGGCUCCUGAUCGCCUUUGCUUACAAGAGGUACAAGAUGGGGGUAGAGGACUUUGCUCAGAGCUACGUCGACCCCACCCCGGGGGUGUCAGCUCCCUACUCCAGCUACCCGAACAUCAGCCACGACAGCUACCAGCAGCCGCCCUUCACCCACGCGGCGGACGCCUCGGAGGGCUACCAGCCGCCGCCGGUGUACUGAGCCCCGUGCCGGGCAGUCCUGUGGGGACGGCUGUACAAGUGCAAUUUUCUUUCGUGGGGUGGGAAGGGAGGGACCUGCAACUUGAAUGGGGAAGGCGGGGAGCAGGAGGGUGGGUGGUGGCUGCUUUGUGUGAAGGCCACCAGGCCUUGGUGCUGGCAUGUAGAAGGAGGGGCUGCCUGGUCCUCGUGGAGCUGUAGGCUUUCCGGCUGGGAAUGGGAGCGUAGCGUGUAGCGGUGAUGUGCGAGUGCUGAGUGCAGGCCUGCCGCGUGCAGUGACCCCUCCCUGGGAGGACAGCGCGUGCAGGCUCCGUGCUGCGCUGCCUUCCUGGCCCCACGGCGGCUGAGCUCCUUUCCUUUCCGUUGCGCCGCUGGGGAAGCGGUUGUGGGAGGAAGCAGUGGUGUGUGGUUUUCAAUCCUCCCAGGCCUAGCCCCCGGUUCUGGCUUUGGCUCUGCCGUUGUGACUGCUGCCCUGACCUGUCCUAACACUGUUGCCUUUGCCAGUCCUGCUGGCUUUGAUUCCCUAAAGUGCCACUUUUCACUUCUUCAGUGAGUGUCUUAAUCCCCAGCACAGCUGGACAGUGCAGUCCAGCUCCUGCCUGCCUUUGAGCUCUCGUGCCUUCGUCCCUUCCCCUCAGCUGCUGCUGGGUGAGCUUGAUGCCAAAGCCUUGUGUAUAUAAACUUCCUUGUGCCAUGCCUCCCCCCGCAGCCUGCACUCGGACUGCUGGCGCUCACCUGAAGGGGUUUGGGAUCUCUGGAAGCAGCGAGCUCUGGGCUCUUACAGCAGGGCCGUGGCCCCAGGCUUGCCCACAGCUCCGGCUGCUGCUGAGGAAGGUCCUCGCGGAGCACCUCCACUGCUGCCUCAGUCCGCAGCGGCGCCUGCCUUCCUCCCUUGCCUCCCGCUGGGCAUGGCGUGUCCAGAGAAGCCCGGCUGUAGUCCUGAGCAAAACUGCUCAGCAGCUCGUUCUCUGCACAGGCUUUGAGAGCUUUGAGUUGUGCCUCUGCACUUGGGCUCUGCAGGCUGGCUUGUCUCAGGUUGUAUUUUUCUGCUGCACCUGUUCUGAAGCUGUCCCCAGCAGCAGUGUGAGGUAUGUGAACUGUAGCUGCUGGGGCUGACAUUCAAGUAUUCCUUUGUUUGUCACUGUAGAGAUGAAAUAAACUUUUUCACUUA